AAAAAAUCAUUGAAAUAGACAUAAUUGAUGGAGUGAGCAUUGAAGAUAAUACUCAUGAACUAGAAGAAGCAGUUGUUCCUAUACAACAAUGUCCUCAUACAACAAUAAAAAAGGCUCAAAUGAUAGAACCUAUGGUUAAACCAAUAAGAAGAAAAUCACAUUAUCAUUCUACAGAAAGUAAAUCAAAAAGCAAAUCAAAUGAUAAGAAAAAAUCCAAUAAACAUUCAUCAUCAUCUUCUUCGAAAAAAUCCAUAUCCAACUCACAAAAAGAAGAACGAAAAAAGAAACUCAAAGAAAUUGCAGACAAAGAGAAAGAAGCAGACGAUAAUAACAAAAAAAUUACAAAUAACACAAAUAAGGUUGUAAGUAAUGUUAAAGUUACUACGUCUAACCGAGGCGCGUUUUUAACAGAUGUCAUUAAGGCCACAGUAAAACCUAUGAAAAGAAGAAAUAGCCAAGAAAAAGAGAAGAUUAAGUCACCAACACAAGAAUCGAAAAUAAUAAAUGAACCCUUGCAUUCUCAAAAACUUGUAGACAAAAAUGAUGGCAAUGAAAAAUCUGAUACAAAUGAAUCAAUAACUUCAACUAAAACACCCAAAGAAAAACCUAAAGAGAGCAAGAAGAGUAAAUCACAAUCUAGUACUAAAACAUCCCCAAAAAGCAGUGAAUCAGACUACAGGAUUCCCGCUAGAAGCUUAAAACCUUUAAAUGAUAGUAAAGAAUCACAGUCUGGAAAGCCAGUAUCUAAGGUUGAGCCUCUUCCUCCUAAGAAGCCUGCAAAGCGUGUUCGUUUCUCGAACGCUGAACCUGUAGUACACUUGUUUCAAAUUGAACCUGGAAAUAAAAUGAAUAAAACAAAAUUAGUUAAAACGAGAUUGCUAGACGUUAGACAGAAGCCUAUAUUCUCUUUAGAAAAAAUAACUCUUAUGAAAAUCCUUCGUUGGAAUCCUCAAUGGUUAUAUGAACAAAUAAACACAGCAGAUCCACCUCCAAUUCUGGGUCACAAUAAUCCUCCUAUGGCCAUAUUUCACUCUUUUGACAGCCACAGACAAUAUAUAGGACUUGUCGGAGAUUUACUUCUGAUGGAAAUUUGGGAAUGUAUAACACAGGCAUAUAUGAGAAUACGAAAUCAAAACAAUGGACUCCCAUUAAGAAUUGAGUCAUUGCCGCCCGUACCUCCCCAAGAACGAUACUUUGAUUUAUUUAAUUUGAGUGUAAACAUUUCACUGCCAAAUUCAGAAAUGAAACAUUUACCGAGAGCGGGUGAAAUCAUGAUGGUCGAAUUUGGACCAGAAAAUGCAAAAAUAUGCAGAUUUUUUUUCGUUCAUAACGUACGAUGUCUGCCGUCUCCGAAAAAUAGCAAAACUUUCAGCUUAUCUCUUUAUGCAACAUUUACUGAUAAAAUGAUGUACUUAAAAUCCGGUGAACUUGUGAUAGGGCGGAAUUUAGCGUAUAUUAAUAAUGAAUUAACGCUAUUUGAAGCUAUGGAAUAUUUAGCUGGCUCUCCGCUUAGUCAAGCAAUUCUUAGACCUCAAACCUGUCACUACCCUGCAUAUGACACUAUGAUGAAUAUGAAUACACAGUGGACAAAUACUUUAAACCCGAGUCAAAAAUUAGCAGUUAGUCGUUCUGUAUCCGCAGCACUCGGUGAUGAACCCAGCUUACAAAUGGUACAAGGACCACCAGGAACAGGGAAAUCGAGCGUUAUAUGUGCCAUCGUCAUGACUUACUUCUACAAUGCUGUGAACAAAAGACAUCAGGACCGCGGCAAAAUAUUAAUCUGUGCAACGAGUAACGCCGCCGUGGACGAACUUGUAAUCAGGUUGCUCAACAUUAGGCAAAGUUUACCAAAAGAGGAGCGGUUCCGCAUGGUGCGCGUGGGCCGGCUGGAGUCCAUGCACGCGCGCGCGCGUGACGUCAGCUCGCAGCAGCUCGCGCAGCGCGACGCCGCGCGCGCGCGCGCCGACUGCGCGCCGCCCGGGCGCGACGAGGAGAUUUCGCACCUAGAAGCGAAGAUAAAUAUGUGGAAAACGCAAGCCCGAGACGCGAAGGACCCCGUGCGAGUAGCCUACUGCCAGGGAAAGGUGGCAAAUCUAGCUGAGAGGAUAAAUUUGUUGCGCGGCGGCGGCGGGGCGGACGGGGAGGAGCUGCGGCCCGAGCGCCUGCUGCACGCCGAGCGCCGCAUCAUAGACUGCGCGCACAUCAUCGUCACCACGCUCGCCAGCGCGCACAACUACAAGAUGAAAGGUUUGAAAGGUCGCAUAGCCCUGUGCAUAGUGGAUGAAGCGGGGCAAGCGAUCGAACCGGAAACGCUCAUUCCGCUGACGCUGGACGUAACUCGACUCACGCUUAUCGGAGACCCGCAGCAGUUGCCCGGUUUUAUCUGCUCACAGCGCGCCAAGCAGCACGGCCUGGGCGAGAGCCUGUUCUCGCGCCUGUCGUCGGGCAGCGCGGACACGCGCGACGGGCCCGUGGUGCUGCUGGACCAGCAGUACCGCAUGCACCCCGCCAUCGCGGACUACCCCAACCGCGCCUUCUACGGCGGCCGAGUGCGCAGCGUGGCGCCGCCCCCGGCCAGCCUCGACCUGGCGCCCUACACCAUGCUCGCCAUCUCCAGCGGCGACAAGGGGCAGGUUCAGUCGGGCGCGAAUGAGAUGGAGGCGUGGGGCGUGGCGCGAGUGGCGGCGGCGCUGGCGGGCGGCGUGCGCGCGCGCAGGCUGUCGCUCGCAGUCAUCACCCCCUACAGCGCGCACCGCGACCUGCUGCGCUCCUGUCUGCGCGCGCUGCAGGACCCGUCGGAGAGCCCAGUGGAGGUGAACACGGUGGACAGCUUCCAGGGCCAGGAGCGCGACGUGGUGGUGGUGUCGCUGGCGCGCAGCCACGGCGUCGGGUUCCUCACCGACACGGGCCGCAUGAACGUCAUGCUGACGCGCGCAAGGCACGCGCUGCUCGUGUGUCUCAACCCGCUCGCCCUCGUGAGAAAUAAUCAAUGGCAGACUCUAGUUGAUGACGCACGAAACAGAAGAGUUUACAAAACACUUCCAAACAAAAUAUGCCUACACGCGUCGGCUCGGUCAAUUUCCAGUGCAGAAGUUCUGAAUUAUGUUACAAGUCCGUAAAUACUUUACUUACAUUACCCGUAAAUAAGGGACACGCCUCUUUACUAAAAUUUUGUGAUUUCUAAUCAACUAAAUUAGUUUUAUGGCAUUUAUCAUAUACAUCGUGCCACCAUAGCUUUACAUUUAAUUUUAGUACUCGUCAGUAAUUGUAAGGUAAUACAUAAUAAUACGUCAACAAUACCUUCCAGUAAGUUAGUAGUAAUGUAAUAUUUGAACAUACCAUUUAAAAUGCUUAACUAAUUCAGAAUAAUAAUAUAACCAUACUUGUUUACAAAAAAUGAAUACCAAGUUAGACUCUAUGUAUAUUUUAUUAAAAACGAACCAGUACUGCCUCAAGCAAUUCCAAUAACAUUUAGUUCUUCUCAUCUAGAAAUAACAAUAAUGAUGCUCUCGUUCCACUUCCCCUAAAAUUCCUACAGUAUAGCCUAUUUCAAUCGAAGACAGAGUAAACAUAACAAAACUUGGAUUGAUAUAUACCAUGCGAUUUACUGAUAGUUCUGCUACAUCCUAAACUACAAUUAGUUCUUCAUUCAAAACAUUCCUUAAUGAAUGCUACAGAUAAUUCAAGAUCUCGACACAUGCACGUCAAUGAAUGAAACCUCAAUUCUAUAUAAAAGUUUUUCUACUUCUGUUGUGAUUGGAAUAGGCUUUACAAGUGCUUUGAAUGUGCACCUGAGCUCAAGCAGGCCAGUUAUACAGGCUAGCAUUUAACAAUUACAUUAUUUUUAAUUCAUAUACAAAUAUUUGUUUAAGUAUGUAUGUAGUUAACUAGUAUGUAACCACCAGUGAAAAAAAUACAAUUUUAGCGUAACAAGACAAUAAAGUACAUUUACAUAUGAUACAUGUAACGCGAAUAUCCAAAAAGUAUCCUAUAACGACUAGAGUUAAUUUUAUAUUUUGUAUAAAUAUGUACUUUUUUUACAAACGUUUGAAAAAAUUGGAUUUUCGUAAGAAAUAAAUUGUUACUUACGUAUAUCGAGUAAGUAAUGUAAUGGCGAUUUAAUAUAAAUA